AUGGUAGACUUUAAGGGAUUGAGCCUUGAAGGCAAAGUUGCAAUCGUCACUGGAGCUUCUAGAGGGCUUGGUGCAGGCAUUGCCGAACUCCUUGGAAAGCGCGGGGCCAAUGUAGUUGUCAACUACGUGUCCGAGGGCAGCCGUGAGCGUGCGGAGAAAGUUGUGAAGACGAUCGAGACCAACGGUACCAAGGCCGCACUCUGUCAGGCAGAUGUCAGCAAGCUUUCCGACAUUCCUAAGAUCGUUGAUAGCGCCUUGAGCAUCAGUCCUACCGGGAAGAUUGAUAUUCUUAUCCACAACGCCGCCCAAGGCAAUGAAGCCAAUCUUAUGGACACCACACCUGAAUUCUAUGAGAGGCAUUUCGAUACAAAUGUGAAGGGCCCAAUCUUUUUGACCAAAGCCGUUGAGCCACACCUCCCAAAAGGUGGACGUAUCGUCUUCAUCUCGUCCGCAGGCGCUCGCCUGGGUGUCGCAGGACAAACGGUAUACGCCGCCACCAAGGCGGCCAACGAGGCCCUAACUCGGACUUGGGCGAAGGAACUGGGGCAAUCUCAUGGGAUCACAGUCAACAGUGUCAACCCAGGUCCAAUCGCAACAGACCAAUGGUUCCAGAGUGAUGAGCAAUUUUUGAAAGAUAUGCAGCCCUUGAUUGAAUCUACUCCGGCGGCUGCUCGAGUUGGCGAGGUUGAUGACAUUGCUCCUUUGGUAGCGUUCCUGUGCUCCGACGACGCUCGUUGGACCACCGGCUCUACCUUGUCGGCAAAUGGAGGGUUGUACAACUAG